UUUACAUGUUAUCACGGAGCGGCUCUCAGACAGGUGCCGUGGAAAGGGCAGGAGAUUCUCCGUGUAUUAUUCGGCACGCGGAAGUGCGAACGCAGCGCGCGUCCCUGUGGCUGAACGACAAGAAGCCACCGGUUCCUGAUAAACACCAGAACUGCUGCUGCUGCUGCUGCCGCCAACAUGGCACCCAGAGAUCCUCUGCUCGCCUCCCUCAAAGUGUGUGUCCUGAACAUGCAGUCAGACGGAGGCGUAGUGACGGACUCCAGUCCUCACCUCCCCUCCUGCUGCGAGCUGCUGGAGCUGGUCCUCAGAAAGGGGCUGCAGCAGCCAGUCCUCAGUCUGGUCCAGAGAGAUUACUGGCAGUGCUUUGAGCAACUUCCUCAUCAAGACACCUGUGGCAGGCUCUCUGCUCUCUCCCUGGCCGUUGAGCAGACCAGAGUUUGCAGGAAGCUCAUCUCAGCCCAAGGCCGGGGCCGCUACCUGCUGCGACUGGCCCUCGGCCGCAAGACUCUGUCGCAGUUCUUCACCCACCUGCUGCACGCGCCCAGAGUCCUGGAGUGGUACAGUCCCACGUUAUCAAUCCUCAGGAAUGAGGAAUUUGUCGGUGAGACGUUUGAGCCGUUCAUGUCGCUCCUGCUGGUUCUCUCUCACAUGGAGUUCAAGCUGGACAUGGAGAACUGUAGUUUUCUAGAUGAGAGCUGGCUACUACCGGUGUGUGACACCUAUGAAGUCGUGCCGUGUCGGGAAGUUGGGAUGGUUUUAAGGUAUCUAAGUGGGCGUGUCUUCAUCCUGGACUUGGUGCCUGGCAGCCAGGCUCAUGUUGACAUGUUUGUCUCCUCUGGUGACAUCAUCGAUGAGAUCAACGGGUCUUCCCUGAGAAACUGCAAAAAUGGACAAGCAGGCGUUGUUCUGUCGCGUCUCAAGGGCUGCCCUCUAUCCAUCCGUAUUCUGCGAUGCAGGGCCCAGGACGGAACGAUAUAUCGUCCCCUCGUCAAAAUCUUGAGGGCCCUGAGGAUGGAGAACCCCAAUGCGCAGCUCGGCCUCACUCCCCAGCAAAAGCAAGCCGACGUCGGGCAAAAGCCUCCCGGCGCCUCCCAGUGCCUCAAAGAGGGAAGAAUCGUCUAUGUUGUGAAGUACUUGGGGAAAGCAAACAUCGGAAUGUUUGGAGGAAAGGAAGUCUUGCAGCAUGCAAUUCCUAAGGUGUUGCAUAAAAACCAGCCAAGCAAGGAGGUGCUCUUAGACCUAAAGGAAACACACUUGACGUGUACAGACAGAAAUAGUAUGAUGAAGUUGUUUGAGCAUCACUACCCAGAGGUUUCUUGCGUGGGGAGGUUUGCCCAGCCCGGAUACACGAUAUUUGCCUUCUGCGUGGCAGAUUCUCCAGAAACGCCUCUGUCUUCUGGGUUUUGUUGUGUUGUGCUCAAAGCCGGCAACACGAAGGAGUGCGAGGAGAUAGUCUGCCGCAUUGGUGAGGCCUGCUGCUCAUACGGUCACAUCAACGUGAUGCAACGCGAAAAGUGAGGGGCCUUGUAGGUGGAAAAAAGGAGAACAUUUCCACCAAAAAACUCAGAAAAGUUGAAAUUAAUUCCCCCCAAAAAAAUUCUACAAAAAAAAAAAAAAAAAAAAAAAGGAAAAUUUGGGGUUUCAAAAAGUCGAAGAUUUUCUAGAAAAGUCAAAAAUGUUCACCUUUAGAAACACCGAAAUUUCUAAGAUUUUUCUAGAAAAUCUUUUAAGUUAAUCUUAAAAUUCGAGGGGGGAACGGGAGUUCUAGCAAAUUUUUGAGUUUUUUGGUAGAAAUUUACUUUUUUUUUUCUGUCUACAAUUGCCCUAAUAUGCCGUCGCAUUACACAGAUUCAUUUCACGGAGAUGUACGCUGUGGUUAUGCAACUUAUGGCUUGAAGCUAAUGCUAACCCAAUAAUUCACUUUCUCAGAAAUUUGAAAUAUUUGGCUAAUAAGAGUUUCCAAUCCAGAAAUGUAAUGACUCACUUAAUGACCAAGUGCAGGGACAGAUCUAGAAAAAUAUAUAUGGGGUGCAGCAUAUACUAUAUUAUAUAUACACAUACACAAACAGCCCAUAGACCCUACUUUAGACUCACCUGCUUUGUAAACUAUUGGUAAGAUGCUAAUCAGCCCUAUGAGCUUAAGACAAGUGUUAAGCCAGGCUUCUAUUACAAAUCAGGUUUACCCAUGUGCCAAGUGGAUGCAGCAUUUAGGUAAAUCCCAACAGAGUGUUCCUGACCGCAUUAGCAGGCUUUGCAAUUUGAUCCAAUUUUAGAAGCACCUUGACGUUAAA